AUACUAGAUAUAUGUGUAGAAGGUGGGCAAAGUGUAUGUGCGAUCAGUCGAGUAGUGUAUUUGUGAGCGUGUGGUGGCUACCCAUGUCAGCAGCUCGAUCGAACGCGAGUCGCGUAAAGUCUCCGGUCGCCGUGGUCGUUGUCAUAUCGGACAUGUUAGUGUAAAAUGGCGCUUCUGUCGAAACAGCUCGUCGCCGAGAUCGUUGACUGGUCUUCUGGACAUUGCCAGCCAGUUGCAGCAGCAGUCCCCCUGACAACAAGCAGCCUCAAGGCGAAAGAGGCGAGUACCUACCACCAAUCCAAUACACACAGCUUGCCGGAAAAAGUAGCGCCGCCGCUAUCGCUGCUGCCGCCGCGCGCGCUCUAUUCUCCCUCCGCCAACCGAACUAGUGCGCCAGCAAGCAAAUCUACGAGUCUGUCUCCGUAUGUGCUCUCUGUAUAUGUGCACGCAUAAUCGUUGCCGACGCGCCAAAAAUUCGCUACACUGCCUUCGCCCUCGGGCGGAGAGAGACCACCUACUCCAAAGUGAAACAGAGCGAAAGAAAGACAGAGAACCAGAGAGUGCGAGUGAGAAAGAGAAGAAAAGACAGAUGUUCAUAAUGGAGAGACUCGCGGAGAGAAAGUGCAAGGUUCCUCAAGUCCCCUGCCGUUGCUGCUGUUGAAUUCCUCUUGUUCCUCCCCCUUUUGUCACUCUCUGUCUACUCUCCGUCGAGGAAAGAAGCAACAGAAAGUUGAGUUUUGUGAUCCUCAAUGUGCUGCCUAUUAGGAAAAUAACAGUGCAAAGCAAGAAAAAAUAACAUAAAAUUCCAAGGGGAAUUCAUUUACUGGGUAAAAUCUGACAGCCAUCAAAAUGGCAGAAGAAAACAGCGAAAUUAAGUCGACAGGACCAUGCUCAUCUCGCAGUCCUCACAGUAUGAGCAGUGGUAAAGCUACUAGCCCUCGCUCUCCUAGACAAGCUCGAAGGGUUAAGCUUAGUGAACAGCAGUUAGAAUCUUUAACCAAAGAUGAACUGCUAGCUAAAUGGAAGGAGCAGGACUUGUAUGUGGAAAGUCUAGAAACGCAGACAACAACAAUGGAAGGCAACAUUGCAUCCCUGAGGGAGUCAACAGAAAAGUACAGACAACAGUAUGGAGAAGCAUCACAUAGAGAAAAAAUUUUAGUAAGAAGGCUAGCUUCAAAAGAACAAGAGAUUCAAGAAUAUGUAAAUCAAAUGUCCGAAAUGAAAGCUUCUCAAGUCCCAUCCUCCGGUGCACUAAGAUCUACUUUACUUGAUCCAGCUGUAAAUAUUCUCAUACAAAGAUUAAGACAAGAAUUGGUCACAACAAAAGCAAAAUUAGAAGAUACCCAAAAUGAAUUGAGUGCUUGGAAGUUUACUCCAGAUAGCAAUACUGGUAAAAGAUUAAUGGCCAAAUGUAGAUUAUUAUACCAAGAAAAUGAAGAUUUAGGUCGAAUGAUCUCUAGUGGCCGGACAGCUAAACUAGAAGGAGAACUUGCAUUACAAAAAAGUUUUAGUGAAGAAGUUAAGAAAUCACAAUCUGAACUAGAUGAGUUUUUACAAGAUCUUGACGAAGAUGUUGAAGGUAUGCAAAGUACGAUAUUAUUUUUGCAACAAGAAUUGCGAAAAGCGCGAGAAUCUGUAACUCUAUUGCAACAAGAAAAUGCAUCACUCAAAACUACUACUGAAAAUAAUUUAACAAAUGGUUUAUCACCUCAUACUCCGCCAAUUAAAAAGGAAGAACCAGAAGAACAUGUAACUGUAGAUGUUAAGCCUUCGAAAAUUGAAGAGAGUGAUAAGUUUAAAGGUGCUCGGACUCCUCCUUUACCUUUACCAGCGGAAUCCGCAUCGAGUGAAUGUGCAAGUGUUGACAAACCCGAACGGACAGAGUCUAAAAUACAGCCAUCAGAACAACAAAAUGACGAAAGCUCUAGCGAUUCAGCAGCUUUAAUUAUUAAGGUAGAAAAUGAAUUAUUGAGUGAACGUGAAGAAGAUGAAGAAUCAAGGACUAAUAAACGGACGUUAAGGACUAAAACUAAUAACAAAAGUAGUGGCAAGACAAACGGGGAAGAAGUGAUAACAAGGACAACAAGGGGAAGGGAUAGGACAAAAAGGGACAAAAGUGCACCAAAUAGUGACGACGAAAAGGUUUAUAAGAAAAAGUCACGACGAGGAAGUCUUCUAUCUCAUGAAUACAACGAAGAAGAGAGCUCUUUGGUUGUAACUAAUGGGGAAAUGUUACAGAGUGAUCCAGAGUGAUUUUGGUAAUUUAAUUUUAGUAAAUCAAUAGCAUAUAUCAAAGCUAAUGAUAAAACUUGGUCGGUUAGAUUACAACAUCAAAUGUAGAGAAAACUAUUCAGACAGUAAAUUGUAUAAUAAUUACAAAUUUCAGCGUAUUGAUUUUAAUUUAUAACACAUGAAUUUUACCUGACAAACUUGUAUAAAACUUUAAACACUCAUUUGUGAAUUUUGUUUCACUUGAAUACUGUCAUAGUUUUUCUGUUCAAUAAAAUUAUAUCGAACUUGGCCGACACGGAACGUCCGUUUAAGGAUUGUUUUCUGGCACUAAUUAAUAAAUUUACUUCUAUACUCUGUAAAAAUAUAAAUAUUAUUAAAAUAAUAUUAUUAAAUGUAAGUGUAUGAAAUGGUAUUUGUACAUGCUUCAUGAAAUGAAUUUGACUUGAGUUGUAUUAAAAAAAUUGUAUAAUAUUAAAUCGAAUUUCAAUACUAUAGUCAUACGAACCUCGUGUAAUAAAAAACUAUUUUAUUUUUAAAUUAGUAAUACAUAUGACAUGUUAUCAAAGAUUAUAAUUACAUUACAGAUAUGACAUGAAAAAAUAAUUUCUUUAUUGUAUAACUAAUUUUUUCGCAUUAAAAAUGAAGUAUAAACUUGUACGUUGUUAUUUUAUAUUGAUCUAUGUACUAACAUACUUUUUUUAUUAUAUUCUUUACUCAACAGUGUCGUCAUUCAUUUUUAAGUAAUCAGUUUUUGUCAUACUAUAAUUUCACUUCCAAGUGCUCACUCACGUACCUACUACAAAUUCAUCAAUUUGAGUCUCCCGUAGAAUAAAAUAAAAAUGAAGUAUAGUAAUGGAAGUGCUUUACUUUCGUUAUGCAUCAGCGCGAUGAUUUCUUCCACUUGUAUUUUGUAAAUGAAUGAAAGCAAUAUGUAUUUAUUGCGAACUUUAUAAAAUCAGAAACAAAGUAUGUAACAUUUAUAAUUAUUAUUGUUUUGAAAUUACGAAAAUAGAUUCACUGACAUAUUAUAUGUAGUCGAAAUAGUCAUAUUUAUAAAAAAAUUUUGUUAGAAGUAUAUUUUUUACUUCAAAAUAUAAAAAAAAAUGUAUGAUACUUGUUGAAAAAAUGUGCUUA